GGGAGCCGGAGCCGGAGCCGAGCAGAAGGUGCCUGGUGCUGAUGCGGGAUGGCAGCGAGGAGCCUAGAAUGCAGAUGCUGAACCGACUCGAACAGUUGUCUCUUCUGCAGGAGCACCCACUGGUUGACCUUGAGAAAUUAAUGCAUCACUCUUGAAGUGUUUUACCUUCACGCCAGUAUCAGUUUAUUUUCUUUUUAAAUUUAUAUCUGUAGUCGCACAUCUUGAUUCAGAAAUCGUAGCAUCUUUAGUGACUAAAGAGGAUUGCAGUGUAUUGGUGUGCUGCCAUGUUCAGCUAAAGGUGAAGGGUUCUUCCCGCAUUCUCCGCGUUGGAUCUAUUCCCUUUACCUCCUCGGAGGUUUGCUGGUGAUCUGCAUUGUUGCUGGCAAAAAAGCGAGAGAUGGCGGACCCAGCUGAAUGCAGCAUUAAAGUAAUGUGCCGAUUCAGGCCGUUGAGUCAGGCAGAAAUCCUGAGAGGAGACCAGUUCAUCCCGAAAUUUAAGGGCGACGACACAGUCAGUCUUCUAGGGCAAGGAAAACCUUUCGUAUUUGACAAAGUUUUUUCUCCGAACACAACCCAGGAGCAAGUUUACAAUGCAUGUGCCAAACAGAUUGUUAAAGAUGUGCUUGACGGUUACAAUGGAACUAUUUUUGCUUAUGGUCAAACAUCUUCUGGGAAAACACAUACCAUGGAGGGAAAGCUUCAUAAUCCUCAGCUGAUGGGCAUUAUUCCAAGGAUAGCUCAUGACAUCUUUGAUCACAUCUAUUCCAUGGACGAGAAUCUAGAAUUCCACAUUAAGGUUUCCUAUUUUGAGAUCUAUUUAGACAAAAUUCGGGAUUUGCUGGAUGUUUCAAAAACAAAUCUUUCAGUACAUGAGGAUAAAAACAGAGUACCUUUUGUUAAGGGAUGUACGGAGAGGUUUGUUUCUAGUCCUGAAGAGGUGAUGGACGUUAUUGACGAAGGAAAGGCGAAUCGUCAUGUAGCUGUUACCAACAUGAAUGAACACAGCUCCCGAAGCCACAGCAUUUUCCUCAUUAACAUUAAACAGGAGAACAUAGAGACUGAAAAGAAGCUCUCCGGAAAGCUGUACCUCGUGGAUUUAGCUGGUAGUGAAAAGGUCAGCAAAACAGGAGCUGAAGGAGCUGUCCUUGAUGAAGCUAAAAAUAUCAAUAAGUCUCUUUCUGCUCUGGGGAAUGUGAUCUCUGCACUGGCUGAGGGAACUAAAACACAUGUUCCAUACCGUGACAGUAAGAUGACCCGAAUUCUUCAGGAUUCCCUUGGUGGCAACUGCCGAACUACCAUAAUUAUUUGCUGCUCGCCCUCCAGCUUUAAUGAAGCCGAGUCAAAAACAACUUUGAUGUUUGGCCAGAGAGCAAAGACUAUCAAGAACACAGCAUCUGUUAAUCUGGAGUUGACGGCAGAGGAGUGGAAGAAGAAAUACGAGAAGGAAAAAGAGAAAAACAAGUCCCUGAAGAAUGCUCUUCAGCACCUGGAGAUGGAGCUAAACAGAUGGAGAAAUGGUGAGUCUGUGCCUGAAGAUGAGCAGAUUGACGCCAAGGAUCAGAAGACCUUGGAGCCAUGUGACAACCAGACGACUAUUGAUAAUGUUGUUGCUGCACCCAAAAUCACAGCUGGGGAGAGAGUGAAGUUGGAGGAGGAGAUCAGCAAUUUGUACAAACAGCUCGAUGACAAGGAUGAAGAGAUAAACCAGCAGAGCCAACUGACAGAGAAUCUAAAGCAGCAGAUGCUGGACCAAGAGGAGCUGUUGGUCUCCACGCGGAGGGAUUACGAGAAGAUUCAAGAGGAGCUGAAUCGCUUACAGCUGGAAAAUGAAGCUGCCAAAGACGAGGUGAAGGAAGUGCUUCAGGCCCUGGAGGAACUGGCUGUCAACUAUGACCAGAAAUCCCAAGAAGUGGAGGACAAGUCAAAAGCUAAUGAACUGUUGACUGAUGAAUUGGCUCAAAAAACGAGUACUUUAAUAGUUUUUCAGAAAGAACUCAACCAGCUCCAGGAACUCAGCAACCAUCAGAAGAAGAGGGCGACUGAGAUCCUGAAUAUUUUGUUGAAGGACCUGGGAGAAAUUGGUGGAAUCAUCGGCAACAGUGAAGUAAAGCUGAUGGCAGAAAUGAAUGGGGUGCUGGAGGAAGAGUUCACUGUUGCUCGUCUAUAUGUAAGCAAAAUGAAGUCUGAGGUCAAGACCUUGGUGAAACGGGCCAAACAGCUGGAGAGCACACAGCUGGACUGCAAUAAAAAGAUGAACGAGAAUGAGCGGGAGUUGGCAGCAUGCCAACUUUUAGUGUCACAGCACGAGGCCAAGAUAAAGUCACUGACCGAUUACAUGCAGAACAUGGAGCAGAAGCGCAGACAGCUGGAGGAGUCUCACGACGCACUGGACGAGGAGUUAGCUAAACUUCGCGCCCAAGAAAAGAUGCACGAAGUGACCUUUCAGGACAAAGAAAAAGAACAUCAGACCCUGCUUCAAGAUGCCAAUGAAAUGAAGAGGACUCUGGAACAGCAAAUGGAAACCCAUCGAGAGGCCCACCAGAAACAACUGGCUCGCCUGAGGGAUGAAAUUGAUGAAAAGCAAAAAAUCAUUGAUGAACUGAGAGAUUUGAACCAAAAACUGAUGCUGGAGCAAGAAAAAUUGAACUCUGAUUUUGAAAAGUUAAAAAUGGAAGAGCAGGAAAAAAGUGCAGAGCUACAGAAACUUGUACUUCUUAAUGACAAAAGAGAGCAAGCAAAACAGGACCUCAAGGGGCUGGAGGAGACAGUUGCAAAAGAACUCCAAACACUCCACAACCUCCGAAAACUUUUUGUUCAGGACCUCACCACUAGGGUCAAGAAAAGCACUGAACUGGACUCAGAUGAUGGAGGGGGGAGUGCUGCACAGAAACAGAAAAUAUCCUUUCUUGAGAACAACCUGGAGCAGCUUACAAAGGUUCACAAACAGCUGGUUCGUGACAAUGCAGAUCUUCGUUGUGAGCUUCCUAAGCUGGAAAAACGACUUCGGGCUACAGCUGAGAGAGUUAAGGCACUGGAGAGUGCACUGAAGGAAGCCAAGGAGAGUGCGAUGAGGGAACGCAAGCGUUACCAUCAGGAGGUCGACCGAAUCAAGGAAGCAGUACGGGCCAAAAACAUGGCCAGGCGGGCGCAUUCGGCUCAGAUUGCAAAACCUAUUCGUCCUGGCCAUUACCCUGCAUCCUCUCCAACAGCCUUUCAUGCUAUCCGUGGUGGUGGAGUAGCUGUGACCUCAAACCCUAGUUACUAUCAGAACAAGGACAAGUAAUUGGGGCUUCAGUCAAGCAUGCAUUAAUGACCCAAGACCAAAUCAUAAAACCCUUCAGAAGAAACCCACUCCUAAUCAUCAACCUUCUUCAGAACUGUAGUCAUAGGACUUUGGCUUUACCUGGGUCAAGAUAAGUAUGUAUGGAACUGCAUUCAUUCUACGUCAUCUAGCAUCAAGGAUCAUAUGUGUUUGUGCGUGAAAAUUAAUUCCCAGCCUUUUCCAGGACUGUGCUAAGCUAAAAUUAUACAUUGUAUCGCAGUGUCUUAGGAAGAUUAUUACCUUGUAUUGUGAGUUUGAUUUUCUGUAUGAUAAAAUGUUUUAUUUUGUAUUUUUUGGGUUGUGGGUGGGCAAACAUUGCUGCUAAAUUAUAAAUUUUAAAGGAGUGAAAAGGUAAAAUUUGUGCUUGUAGAAUUUUCUAAAGAUUAACAAAAAACUCAUUUUGGCAGCAUUGGUCAACCUGGUCAGUGUAGGUCUUCAAAGUGAACAACUUGGACAGCAGUGACCCAGGACUGGAAUGCCUUUUAGUACAAACAAAAACUACAAGCCUUUAACUAUGCUACAUUUUGUUUGAUUUUUACACUUCACUUGAAUCACUGAGAAUGUCGGAAUGGAAAGCUGAAGGUUUCAAAGACGGACAUAAGCAAUGCAAACUGGCCUUAUUUUGGGUCCAAAGAAAACGUGGUCGCCUUUAGUACUCAGAAGAGACAGUUUAUAUUCUUGUGCAAGCAACACUGGAAAACUGGAAGCAGAUACAACUUGUCCAACCACCUAAUCCCUUCAGACCUUCAAGAAGAACUUUUGGUCUGUUAGCUGCCAUUAACCUUACUGAAGAAAUAGGAAGGAAUUGUUCUAUUAUGAGCAGAACUGUGUAAAACAAAGUAUGUUCACUCAUGGGUAUAUCUGUUGAUGUCUACCAUCACUCAACUGCUGGUUUCAUGCCAUUUGAACACAGGUAGUUUCAUUGUAGAGACUAUACUGGUUCCCAGAGAACGUUUGGUCUUACGGACAGCAUUAUCUCUGGAGGCAAUUACAAAUCUUUAAUAUCGAUUUAAUUAAAAGAAAGCUGCCUUUAACAACUCUACCAUGGUGGUCCAAAUGUUCCUAGAUAUCCUUUGGAGAGUCUACAUUGACUGAAGCUUGCACUGCAUGUGGUUUUUGUAUAUUUAUGAUUUCCAUCUGUAUUUUCACUUGCCUAAUCAUGGCUGCUGGGGUGAUGAGUUAUGAACAAAGCUGCGUUAUCACAGUGACUGUCUUUCAUUCAGUAUUGGGCCCUGCACGUAACUAGAUGCUGAUCAGCCAGUCAGUUCACCUAGUGCCAGACCUGUGAAAUUUCCAAGCUAAAUCGAAGAUUGUCACUGUGAAAGCUGGCCUUGUUAACAAGUCACAAAUUUUUUUAUCGUUUUAAUCUCGUGUCUACGGAAACCUGCCCCUUCUCAAUUGCCCCUAGACACUUACAAAACUUUUUUUUUGCCGUAAUACCAGUGGGAUUGUUCCCUAAACCCCAUCCUAUAAUUGCAGAACAUAACGUAAGGAUUUGCAGAGGGGAUUAAAAAUGUCUCAUUGGUUACUGUCACUAAAUACAAGUGUGUUUAUUAGUCUGCAGUUGUACUUGCCUCAGCUCAUUUACUUCUAAAGAAGUUGAGCAAAUCUAUGGGGUUACGUGAAACCAGCAGCCAGAGCUAGUGAGCAUUUUAACAAAGCCUGAUUGCUGUCCUCAUCAACAUCCCACGCCCGAAGUGCUCCUCUCUCCUCCCUCCAGACUUUAAGGGUAGAUAAUGGUGUAUCUCUUGCUCUUGAAAUGGCAGAUGGCUUAAUUUCCACACAUAUUUAUGAUUGUACUAGAUUUUAGGAUGGUGCGGAUCAAAACUCAGGCCAUCUGAUAUCCUCUGUUCUUUCCAGAAGGAUGGGUACAAAGCACCGUGGGUGGCUGCAGUAUCCCAAUGACUUCUGAACAGAUUGCUUUUUAAAGGGAUUCACAGGGCCAUUCGAGGUAAAAGCCAGAGGAGGAAGAUGGCUCCACCAGGUGGCUGGGUCUUGCUAUUCCCAGCUCCUCCACAUGAGAAACACAAAGACAGAGCCAGCUCAUUUAAUGAUGCCAGUGCCAGGAGUAAUGUAUUCUGUUGUUAGCCCAAUCAAAAUGUUCUCCGUUACAGCCUUUGCCUGGUAGAUUCUGAUCAGCAAGUCAGUCAAUCUAGCUCUCAGCACAUACCUAAUGCUUUCGCAAGGCUGUUGCUGGAGGAGAUUUUAAGCGGGCCGCAUCCAAGAAUUCAAAAUGUGCAAUUGUGCCUAUAUUUAUUUCUUCAUGAACUUUUAAGUUACAAUUUACUCUUGAAUGCCUUCUUGCCUUUCAUUCCAUUGCUUUUCCUGCUCGUAUGUUUGAAAACACUGGAUUCCCGUAACCUGACAGGGUUAGUUCCUACUGUUUAUCUAGAGAAUAAGAAAUCCAGACACCAUACUAAUGCUGUGUGCCUGCCAAAUAGCUGACCAGAGUUGGGGGAGAAAAAAAAUCUUUCAUAUUGUUCAAUGUCCAUUGUCUGUCUCUGGGAUAUAUUGAGGUAUCUAAUAAUGAUACUAUAGAUGUUGGGAUGUGAGGCUCUCUGUAGUUAGUGUCUACUUUGUAAGAUGUGUAUAUGUAUUGCAGAAGUGUUUCUCUUACCUGGCUGUAUGUACAGUAGUCUUCAAAUAUGUUCAUUUUAGGGCAACCUAUAUUUAUUAAAACAAACCUAUACAAUUAUUUUGUUCAAAUGGUAUAAAAUGAAUAUUCAUGGUCAGCAUAUGAAUACUGUGAGGUAUUUAAAUAAAACAUAAGAUCAAGUUUGAGGGCAGUCUUAAAUUUCCCUGAAAUUUCUGUCCUGUAAGGUAUAAAAAUCUGCUAUGAAAUGACUUGCAUGAUGUAUAAUUUACUUGAAACGGUUAAUGAAAGUGCUGAAAUAAAGUUGAUUUAAA